AAAUUAGCUACAAACGUAUUUGCUCCCAUGUGAUAUAAAGCUUAUCAUGCGUUAUACCGAGUCCUGGAUUCUAGUGCAGCUCAGCAGCGGGUGGUACAACAGCAGCUUAUACAAUAACAUGUCAAAGUGGCUCUACCUGGGUAAAUGGAGAACAGCCACGCUAUGUUGUUAGACUUUAACUAUAUAAUCACAAAAUCAUUGUAUCUGAAAUAGCAUUGAUUAGUUAUUAAGUUAUAUUCCACAUUACGAAUCAAUUUCGCAAAACGCAUUAUCACAGUUGAAAUGGCAUGAAGUGCUGAUGACAGCAGCGCUGGCUCCAGUAUCUAAAGGCUCGGUGCUGCCGCGAUCCGUCACAUAUCGCAGUUCAGUGGAAUAGGAGCCUGGACCGACUCGGAUAUAAUACCUUAGUGCUUACGUCACCUCCGUAAUGGGAUAUCUCACUCAGCCUGGAGCCAGCUUGAUGUCUGUGGGCGUUUUCGUCAUUAUCCUAGUGUCGUCACCUUCAUCAUCAUCGUGUUCGUCAUUGUGUCCGUCACCAGGUGUCUACAACCAAGUGACAGACACAUGUUACUGGCGUGUGUCAAGUCUCCUGACCGCAACACUCAGCAUGGAGGAAUGUAAAAAGGACGGAGGGGUACUGGCCAUUAUUCCGGACCUGGCGAGCCAACAGUUCAUACAAACACAGUAUGAUUCGGAACUGGAGUCGGGUUCGGAGAAGUACGUUGGGUACUGGAUUGGUGUUACGGACGCACAGACUGAAGGAGUGUUUCUGACGUACGACGGACAGAUACAAACAUACACCAACUGGAAAUCCGGGGACCCGAACGACAACAACAUGCCAGCGCAGGACUGUGCCCGGAUGUUCCCCAUGGAAACCCCGGCCUACCUGUGGCAGGACAGGUCAUGUACCGAGACAGCCCCCGGACUGUGUUCACUCCUCCUUGACUCAGAAACUACAUCUACCGAGAGACAAACUGACACAACAAUUAAUGACGAAACGACAGCAGCUUUGUUCACCUCUACGACGACGGAAGAUGUCCAAACAUCAACAACUACAGAGUCGCACAGGGACACAAGCGAAGUGACGUCAUCAGUAACAGCGACGACAACUGCGUCAUCCUUAUACAGCCAAUCAACGUCGGACACCACCGAAUCGGCUGUCACGUGUUCAGCAUGUAGUACGACCGAGCCAAAUACCACUUGUUACUGUACCUGUAGUCCCUACCUAACCCUGGACGACCCACUCGUGAAACAGAAGCUACAGGAACUUAUCGACACGCUGUCCAUUUCUAAGAAAAAUACGUCAGCCAAUAGACGGAAGUAUAUCAGCGUCGCCGACAACCGGCCCAGUGCCAGGGGGAUCGGAUAUGUGGGGGCCGCCAUCUUGGUGACAGCAUUAGGAUCAAUUGUCCUCCUUGACAUAUCGACCUUCUUCCGUAACGUCAAACAUCUAACCCUAAAGGCCACAGGCCGGGAGGAGAGUCCACGGGUAAGCUGGGCCGUGCGACAUCAUAACUGACCACAUUGACCCCAGCGUCAAAUAGCAUUUCUCUCCGGGACAAAAACGACCCAACUCGUCCCUCCCCCGGUCAUACUAUGUACAUGUACCUUGUUAUUGUAUUUGGGGCAUAUCGAUUCAUGUAUAAAAGAUUUCUUCGUUUUAACAAUGGUUACAAUUCUUUUAUAAUUUAAGCAAAUUAAUUAAUAAGAUUGAUAGUGAUGUUAUGUUAAAAGCCCAAAACGAUUAACGUAUAUAAAUGUUUAAAUGUAUUGCUGUGGUUCCCAAAGAACGA